AUAUGAUCUACGUAAGCGAGAGCGAUAUUGAAGGAUUGGGCCGUUUAAAUAGGAGCUGUGCAGAUCGAGCUCAUCUGACCAAGAGUUGCUGUCGAGGAAUUGGAUCUAUCAACCGGCUCACCCCGGAUCCUUUGUUGGAUCGUCUUCAUGCUUCCUUUGGGAUCCAUAGGUCAAGGUAAGCCUAGAUUCGGGUGUUGAAAUGAUUUUUAAACCAUGUUUUCGUCAGGCUCUAUAUUCAAGCUUGUUAUAAUCCCCCUUUCAUAUUGCUACGCUGAUGUUCAUUGUCAAGCUACAGCUCGUGUCGAAAGUCACAAUGGGUGGCGAUAGAAAAGCAUCGCCUGUGGCUAGGGAACCAAAAGGCAUAGUAUAGUAUAAUGGAAAAUAAAGAUGGAGAAAGGCGAAACAAGAGGUGAUGAGUAUCUUGACUCCAGAACCCUGCGUGGAGGCGUCAGCUAGGUCCGAUAUCGUUAGGGCCUGUAGUACGACCCGUCAGCCCGUUCCCGCCUACCAUCAACGCAUAUUGGAUGCGGAAAAGUCUAGAUGGAACAGUCCAUGGUUACACGGGCGUUGGCGUCGUCAGCUGUCGGGUCAGCAACGGCGUAUGUAUGUAUGUACAUGUACGGUGGUACAGCUUGGAGGUGGCUAUGAGCGUCCCAGUGGUCCGUCCACGUGGAAUGCCAAACACAAUGCGAUGUCGAUAGAAUUUGAUGGAUAUGCUUGAUCGUAUAAAGUUCCCAAUACGCUAAGGGGAAGGAAUAAGUUAAUUCCUCGG